CAUCCUCUCAGCAGACCUUCACUUUGCGCAUGUACGGCUCAUUCUCCACAGUACAUCCACACCAAGAUGGCGUUAACGCGGCUGGCUUGUCUUCUGACUCUCCUCACAAUACAAUGCUAUGUCAGCAUUCUGGCAGUGGUACUGAAAACUGCAAAUUCUUCACCAUGGGCCAAUGAGUUUGAAUCAAUUGAACUGUCCUGUCUGAUAGAGUCGAUCUCCACGACCAGUCCAAGAAUUGAAUGGAAGAAGAUUAAGGAGGGGAAAACAAGUUAUGUCUAUUUCGAAAACAAAAUAUCAGGUGACUUGGCGAACAGAGCAAAGAUUCGAGAGCCUGCAACUUUAGUCAUUGUUAAUGCAACAAGAUUAGACACCGCAUCAUACCGCUGUGAGGUCACAGCCCCUGAAGACAUAAAAAACUUUGAUGAGAUUCUGAUAAACCUCGCAGUCAGGGUAAAGCCAGUGACUCCUCGGUGCUCUGUGCCAACGUCUGUGCCGGUGGGGAAGUCAGCCGAGUUGACAUGUGUGGAGGAUGAGGGCUUCCCCAUGUCCCACUACCAGUGGUUCCGCAACAAUGAGGAGAUCCCCUUGGACCCCAAGAGCAGCCCUAAGUUCUUCAACUCGUCCUAUUUGAUGAACAGCGAAACGGGCGUGCUGAAAUUUAGUGCAGUGAAGAAAGAGGACGCUGGACAGUAUUACUGCAGAGCCAAGAACGAGGCAGGAGUGGCCCAGUGCAGCCCGCAGAUGAUGGAAGUCUAUGACCUGAACGUUGUUGGCAUCGUUCUGGGUGUGCUGGUGGUAGUGCUGGUCCUGUUGUGCAUAAUAGUGGCUAUUUGCUGUGCAUACAGGAGAGGUUUCUUUGCCGUCGAGAAGCAGACAGGAAGCAAUUACAAAGCACCAGGAAAGACUGAUGGAGUGGAUUACAUCCGGACAGAUGAUGAGGGUGAUUUCAAACACAAAUCAUCAUUUGUCAUCUAAAAUCAAAGGAAGACGAGGAGACACCCUGAAACACAGGGAGUCUUUAGCACAAUACCUUGCAGACAAUGAGGGACAAACACACACCGAGGAAAAAGACUCUUAGCUGUGCCAGGACACGGUUUACAUGACAGCACAUUUGAUAUAACACAAUUCAUACUUGCCAAAGUGGACAAAAAAAGUCCCGUUUCCACCUACAAGCAUUACUCUCCAUAAGACCACUGAAGUUUUUCCUCUUGAAACCAACUUUUAUGUCUGAUUUUAUUUUCACUUUGCUUUCUUUUUAAUCAUAGCUUCAGCAGAAUUGCGUAAACAUUUUCCUUUAAAAUUUUGUCGUUUGACGUUUGUAUAACUUUUGUUUUGUACCAGUUAAAUGUGUCAGAAUAUUGUUUUGAUAGAAUAUAUUUUGAAAUGCUUAGAGGUUUACUUUUUUUAAAAAAAAUUUAAAAAAAAUUGUAAAUUACUAACAUGGAAGCCAGUAUAUUUUAUAGACCAAUUUGAAAGAAGCUAAUCAUUUUGACCCGCCUGUAGUUUUCCUUAAAUAAAACAUCUCUAAAUUUCUAACAUCUGUUGAUGCUCUUGAGUUUGAAAUAAUGGGGGUGUUGGAUUGGGCUACUUUAAAAAUCCUCUUUGUAGAUUUUAUUAUAAAAUGCAGUAAUUAAAUACAUUACACUAAUAUAAAAUACAUUCAUUAUAUUAAGGGUCAAACUCAAGACCAAAUUCAAACCAUCCUUUUCUAAUUUCAGGGCCUAGAUUUUUGAUGUAAAUCCAUAAACUUCUAGGUUACGUUUUUAAACAAAAAAAAAACGUGUCCUUAGAAAAGACGCCCAUCCAGACAUUUUUACUGCACCCUCAAUCAAGGCCACUUAAAUCCAGCCCUGUUUGAAAUUCAGUAUCAUAUCCAUUGAUAACAUUUUCAAAGGUCUUACCUACUUAGUUUACUCUUACAGGCUAAAUUCUUUUAGCAUAGGGUUCCAUGUUAGUUUUUGUAGAUAGUCUUAGACAGUAAGAACUAUUUUUUAAUCCAGCAGAAAACACUGUAAACAGCCCGAGCUGUGUAUCCUUGAGUUUAAGUGUCCUUGUUGAUCAUGUACAUAGUAAAUAUACUGUCCAGGUUGUGUUCUAUUGUCUUUUCUUUAUUGGUCUUUUACUUAUUUUUAAUCAAACAGGGUUUUUGUGUUCAGCUAACAGAAAGCUGCAAUGGUUGUAUGUUGAUUCAUUUGUACCUCCCUUGUUGUGGGAAUAAAAAUAACUCAGUUUUAGAUAUGGAAUAUCCAAGAAGAGGCAAAUAUGACACUCUUUUCACAAUUUCAGGAGAACUAAUCGUGAGAGAGAGGAUCUGCCUUACAGGCUGCAUUUGAUUCCUACAUCAUUGAUCUACAAUUCACACAAAAUGUCAGAUUCUGAACUACAAUCACAACAAAUACAACCACUUGUAGUUUGUAACUUUUUUGUGUAGUGUUUUUUUUUUUUUUUUUUCGUCUUCGAGUUGAUUACUUACUCUAAGAAACGUUAAUCAUUCCUCUUGAGUGCCUUUCAGUGUGGUCAUAUGAUAAAGAUAGUGUUUAUAGUGCUCUAUAUAAAUAAUGGCUUGUUAUAUACUGUGAUGUCUAUUUGGACACAUCACUGUUCAAACUGACUGAUUUUCUAAUAAAUUUUAUACCCUUUGUAUAAAUCACAGCAGGUGUUUGAGAGGAAUGAUAAUAGGUUAUUAUUCUGAUAUACAGCACAUAUCUGUUUUUUUUUUGUUUUUUUUUUUGUAAAUAGAGUUUUAUUUUGUUGUGUGCUGAUUUAAUGACUUCCUUUUUUUUUUGGUCAGUGAAGUAGAAUUAGAGCUUGGAUAUUGUAUUAGUGCCUAAAUAUAGAGUGAAGUGGUGUUUCAAGAAGACACUGUUAUUUCACAUAACCAUUUGAUGACUGUUUGAAAACAUGUAUUACAUUAUAAAAGUGUUUAAUGGAGUGUUGACUUAAUAACAGCAACUGAGCGAGGUGUAAUUACGUUUAUAUUGAGUACAAAGCUUUACCAAAUACUGACUGAAUAAAUGACUUUUUAUCCUCUUUCUGUAAUUUUCUUGCACCAAGGACUUGACGGAGGAGGUUUAAUUGUCUUUUGAGGUUAAAUUUACUUUUCGUGCCCUUUUCAGUCCUGAAAUAAUUUUUGCCUCGCAUUGAUUUUAGGUUGGUACAAAUCCUGUGUGAAUUCUUGAACAAUAGCUUAUGUUUGUGAUUAAUAAAACUUACUUCUUAAAA